AAAUUAAAGCAAAAAGUCAAAAACACAUGGAUGGAAAAACACUAAAUCAUUGUGGAAAAAGAAAACACCCACGUAAUUUUCUUUGAUUUCUUCGACUCCAUAAACAUCUUAUGCUCUGAAAAGAUUGAGCAGAAUAUUUUUCAGGAGAAGAUGCAACGUCUCACUAUGUUGGUGGUUUCAGUUUUCUUACUCUUGAUACCCCUUGCCUUUUCCGUAAGCUUUAUCAACACCAGUUUCGUGGAUGACAUAAUAAAUUAUGAAAAACUUUCUGGCCCUGUAGGAACAUACAUCGACUUGGUAAGAUCCAACGACACUGUCGGUCGAGCUACAUGUAGCCAACCGAUGCACUUGUGGGACAAAGCCACCGGCAAACUCGCAAAUUUCAACACCAAUUUCACCUUUGUGAUUGAUUCACAGGGCAGCUAUGAUUAUGGAGAUGGGAUGGCCUUCUUUUUAGCCCCUACUGGUUCAGUGCUUCCUAAUAUUGUAAAAGUUGGAGGAGGUGCUAUGGGUCUGAUUAUUGGUGGUCCAGAAACGAUUUUUAACUCAACAGAUUAUCCAUUUGUUGCUGUGGAAUUUGAUAUCUAUUCCAAUUGGGACCCUAAUGUCAAUGAAGGCUGGGAUCCUCGGUAUCAACAUGUGGGUGUCGAUAUCAAUUCCAUUAAUUCUACUGUCACCGUGCCAUGGUCGGCUAAUAUCCCAGGAGGGGGCACAAAUGAAGCUUUCAUCAGCUACAAUUCAAGUACACGUAAUUUAAGCAUCUCAGUCUCUAGUGUUAUAGACAACACCAAGAAGAUGCAACAGCUUCAUCAGAUAGUUGACCUACGAGAGUACCUGCCUGAAUGGGUGACUUUUGGUUUCUCAGCUGCCACAGGAUCUUCUUUUGCAGCACACAGGAUCAGCAGAUGGAGUGUCUACUCAGAGGAGCUCCCAAAUAUUGCUCCCAAUCCAAGUCGAAAUGCCACAGCACUUGCAAUUGGGUUAGGGGUUGGAGGGUUUGUUUUAGUUUGUGGGGUGGUAUUGUUUGUCUUGUGGAAGAACAAAAAGAAAAUGGAAGACGAUGAUGAGUCUAAUGAGAACAUGAGUGAUGAUGACUUUGAAAGAGGAACAGGACCCAAAAAAUACUCAUAUGCUGAGCUAGCAAGUGCCGCAAAUUAUUUCAAAGAUGAGCACAAGCUUGGACAGGGAGGAUUUGGUGGUGUCUAUAGAGGAUUUCUCAAAGAUUCAAACUCCCAUGUUGCCAUAAAGAGAAUAUCAGAGGGUUCUAAGCAAGGGAAGAAGGAGUUUGCUUCAGAAGUAAGUAUUAUCAGUCAACUUAGGCAUCGAAACUUGGUGCAACUAAUCGGUUGGUGUCAUGAAAGGAAAGAACUGUUGCUGGUUUAUGAGUAUAUGCCAAAUGGAAGUUUAGAUUCACAUCUCUUCAAGGACCAGAGGUUGUUGACAUGGUCAGUCAGAUUCAAAAUAGCUCAAGGCUUGGCCUCUGCAUUAUUGUACCUGCAUGAAGAAUGGGAACAGUGUGUGGUUCAUCGAGAUAUAAAAUCAAGCAACAUCAUGCUGGACUCCAACUUCAAUGCAAAACUUGGAGAUUUCGGAUUAGCAAGACUUGUAGACCAUGCAAAAGGUGCACAAACUACAGCUCUGGCAGGAACUAUGGGCUAUAUGGCUCCUGAAUCUGUCACAACUGGGAGGGCUAGUAAAGAAACUGAUGUAUACAGUUUUGGAGUUGUUGCUUUGGAGAUAGCUUGUGGAAGAACACCGAUCAACCGUGAGGCUCCAGAAAAUGAAAUAAACAUAGUCAAAUGGGUAUGGGAUCUCUAUGGAAGGGGGAGAAUUCUCGAAGCAGUUGAUUCAAGACUAGAAGGAGAUUUUGACCAGGAUCAAAUCCAAUGCCUAAUGAUUGUUGCGCUGUGUUGUGCUCAUCCUGAUCAUACUCGUAGGCUUUCAAUAAGGCAAGCCAUUCAUGUGCUUAACUUUGAAACUCCUUUUCCUAGUCUUCCUUCAAGUUAUCCCAUACUAACGUAUAAUGAAUUUCCAGCAUCAUUUUCUAUUCUGUCCAGCACCAAUGCUUCAGAGGUAAGUCAAAACCAGAAUAUGAGCUUUAGUUCCAAUACAAACUCUUAUGGUUUCACUUCAACUUCUGGUGAUGAUGUUUCACCAAGUGUGUCACUUAUGUACUCACGCAAAAACUAAUUAUAGUUAUUGUAUUGUAUGUUUGAGGUUCCUGCACAAUAUUCGUAAUGUAUUAUUCUCAUUUCUUAUAUAUAUGCAUGUUACAGUAAUCUAGAACGAUAAAACAUAAGUUGAGAACAUUCAA